UCAGUUUCCAAUGUAACCAGGGUAUAACCUCCAUUAGCUGUGUUAUAGUAUGUAGUCUGUGGCUGUGUUUACAUUCAAAGUUUACAUGCUCUAUUAACGUGCAUGCUUGUAAUUGCUUGAUUUAAUAUAUAAAUGUUCUACCGGCCUGUAGAACGUCUCUUUCGAUUCUACCUUACCGAAUAUUGCUUGAAGACGUGAAGUAUUAGAACGACUAUGGAUGAUCAAGCGCCAAGUUUAGACGUUGAAAAUGAUCUUUUUACCUUUGAAUCUGGUCAUUUGGCCUUAAAAGGCAACGAAGACUAUUGCGAAGUCCUAAAAACACUCGUAUGCCUUUCAGCUCAAAGGGAAAAAGCCCUUAAAGACUAUAAGGCGAUAGCAGAAUUGAAAAUCGAAUGUUUAAAAGAUCCAUUUGGCACAUUGAAAAAAAUGCAAACCGACAACAACCUAGGUAUACCCCCCAUGCUGGAGCUGCCUAAGCUACCAAAAAUCGAUUUUCAAAAAUACAAAAUGAAAGUUGCUGAAAGUGAUCUGAUGGAGAUUUAUUCAGAUAAACCACAAAACUCUCCUGACAAGCCCAUCGUUGAAAAAGCUACUGGCGGCACUUACAAAGCGUGGAGUCCUGAGGAACAACGGCGCCUAGAAGAAUUGUUGCGGAUUUAUCCUCCGGAACCAAUAGAAAUGAAACGGUUUCAGAAGAUCGCCGAUGCGCUUGGGAACAAAACAGUGCAUCAAGUAGCCAGCAGACUUCAGAAAUAUUUCCUCAAAUUGUACAAAGCGGGACUGCCUAUUCCAGGCAGAAUACCGAAAUGUGCAGAAAAAUACCGGAAAUCGGCCCACCACAAACACCAACGUUUUAAUCACUACCUUUGGAAGCCAACCACGUUUUUCCCAGAACUCAGUAUUCCCGUUCAAAUGGAGGAUUUGAACAAUAUUCCGGGUCCCAGUGAAGUUCCAACGAAUAUAAAUAACAGCUCAAGAAAUGAUAAUUACCUCAUGAGAACUGACUACCUGCAGUCCUCUGGUGAUACAGAAGCAACCGAAAACUUCAGUCCAGAACUCCAGCUCAAAUUACUAAAACGGGUGCGAGAGGUUAAAGUGUGUGAAUCAGCCGACAGUUAUGUUCCAUUCAGCCACGCGGGCUACAAGUGCAAUUAUUGUGACGAAUCACCAAUCGUGGGCACCAGAUGGUACUGCACUGUAUGCUCGGACUCUGUCGAUUUUUGCUCUGACUGUGUAAUAUCGCAAAUGUACACAGAAACACCCCAUCCGUUCAACCACUGGCUCGCUGCGGUUCAAGAUGAUUCGGGAGUCAAAUCCUCAUAUAAUGACUGCCCGCACAAAUGAAACAUCUACCCUCCAACCUGAUUCAGCAACAGAAAAUAUUCCACUGCUGGAAAUUGUGGACGAAAAUCAAAAUCCAACUAUUGUCAUUCCAGCGGCGGCCGCUGAUCAAUCGCUAGAGGAACGACUUCAAAGCGCUGUGAUUGGACGAAAUAGAGCAGAAGUAGAGGAUAUUUUGGAUCCAAACAAUACAUCAGAAGCCGACUUGAGGACUCAGUUGAGCCAUAAAUUUGAAACGGAAAAUGGCACCAGAAAAAUUCUGAGUAUCGCUUGCGAGAAGUCCUCAAUUGAGAUAUUGCGACUUGUGUAUGAAAAAGUAAUUGAAUUUGAAUCGGAACCAAGGGACGAGAGCUGGUACUAUUGGGGACCGCUUCACUUUGCCGCUUAUUGUACUGACUGCAAAAAAUUGGACGCCAUCAUUGGUAUUAUUCAAGAUCGAAACAAGCUGAAUAGUCUAUCAAUAUUUUCGGAGAAUGCUUUGCACGUGCUUCUGGAGUAUGGUAGGCGGAUUGAAUCUUUUCCAGUACAACUUACUAAUGGAUGGGAGAGCCGAAUCUGCCACAUCAUCCCCGAAGAGCACGAUGAAAUUGUUGAAUGUGCGCGUUUAUUGAUCGAUGCAG